AGAAGAUCUGGUGGGCCAAAAUCGCUUUUCUGGGCCAAGCACAGGUCUCCCAUCGCAUAUACACCGAGAGAAUGGAGUAACGCCAGAGCUUUUCCGCUUCAAAAUCACUCCUAUCUUUUCAACCAGUCUCUUCACUUCUUUCUAGCAUGGGUUCUGGAGAGAGAAUCAGGAAUGAUCAUAAGAAUGGGGAGAAGAUUCAUCAGAAUAGGACCAUUUGUUCCCAUUCUUUCUCAGAUCUGUCCCAUGUUUCGCCAGCAAUAUUUGUCUACCUUUUGAAAGAAAGUUAUGUACAUGGCACACAUAAGGCAACUUUGAAGUUCCGCAUUCUCCAGCAACAAGUCUUGCAAGCGUUGCAGCAUCGUCCCCAGCCUGGGCCUGCUACUUUUGUUGUUCAUUGCCUUUACCUUCUGCCUUUAUAUGGACCUCCAUAUGCAGAGGGCUUUAGUCACUUAUUGAUGUCUUCCCUUCGUCGUUUGCAAAGUGCCCAAAGAACACCUGCAGAUUCUUCUCAAGCAAAGAGUCUAGCUGCACAGUUAUUUCUCGAUGUCCUCACUUGCUUUGUCAUCCACGAAGAACGCAUUCUUGUAAAGCUGCUUGAAAAUUUUGAGCUUGGGUUGAAAGACAUUGCAGAAGUUAUAUGUGGUUCGGAGGUGAACAAUGGGGGUAUAGACAUAGCAAAGGCAUGCGUUGAACGAUACAUCUUCGGGUUUAUAGAGUCCCAAUCUUACAUGACAGCUGUCACUCUUUUAGAGCAUUUUUCCAUCCGCCAGUCUGGCCAAUCUUUUUUGCUUAGAAUGUUGCAAGACAAUCAAUUUAAAGCAGCUGAGAAAUGGGCCACAUUCAUGGGAAAGCCAAUGAUAUGUGUGCUUGUUCAGAAGUAUCUCGACUUGAAAAUGUUAAAAAAUGCGUAUGAGAUUAUUAAACAAAACAAUCUUAGGCAAGAAUUUCCAGAUGCAUAUCAUCUGUACAAAGAAAGUUCUCUAAAGAAGCUUGCAGAAAAGGGAUGCUGGGAUGUUGCGGAGAUUAAAACUAACAAUGACAGACAACUUGUUGAGUACCUGGUAUAUUUGGCUAUGGAAGCUGGCUACACAGAGAAGGUUGAUGAAUUAUGUGAGCGGUACUCCCUUAAAGGUUUUGUAAAGGUCACAGGACCUGAAGCAAGCCCCCCACAGACUCGCUAUUUGCAUCUUACUGAAUUGGUUAUAGAAGAUAUUAUAUGGGUUGAUGAAGUCGAUGGCUUGCUUAAUGCUACAAGCCAUAUUGAGAGAUGUAAAGUUGUCGGCGUAGAUUGUGAGUGGAAGCCUAAUUAUGAAAAAGGCAGCAAACCGAACAAGGUAUCUAUCAUGCAAAUUGCUUCUGAGAGAAUGGUGUUUAUCUUGGACUUGAUAAAGUUAUCAACAGACAAACCAAAUGUCUUGGACGACUGCCUCAAACGUAUUUUACGUUCUCCUAGGAUUCUGAAACUCGGUUAUAACUUGCAAUGUGAUCUCCAACAGUUGUCCCAUUCGUAUGGAGAGCUGGAAUGCUUCAAGUAUUAUGAAAUGCUACUCGACAUUCAAAAAGUCUUCAAUGAAACUAGGGGUGGUCUAUCAGGGCUGGCCAAGAAAAUUCUGGGAGCUGGUUUGAACAAGACAAGACGGAACAGCAACUGGGAGCAACGGCCUCUGAGUCAGAAUCAGAUGGAAUAUGCAGCUCUUGAUGCUGCUGUCCUCAUUCACAUAUUCCAUCAUGUGGGUGGCCAACCUCAGCCCAUGGGUCUCACAGAGGAGCGUGCCAAAGUCGAAUGGAAGUCUCAUAUUGUUUCCCACAUGGGUAACACAAAACCACCCUUGAAGAUGUCUAAAAGUUGAACAGUUUUGGAGAAUGGGGUCCACGGUGCUUCACACAAUCCAAUUAAAUCAGGUCACAAUGCCUCAUUGCUCUCUCAUAGCUUAAAGAAUCUCCUCUGUAUAUCCUUUUCAUUCAAAGCUCAUUGAUGAAAUGAUAGUGGGGGCCAUCGCAGAUUUUGUUAACAAGUUUGAAAACGGUCGUUUUCGGAAAAACCACAUCUUCCCAUGUGAAUCCCCCAUGUGAAUACAUGCAUGUAAAUAUUUUACAUACACUGCUUUAGAUGAAAAGGUAGUUGGGAUGGCUAUAGCUCUUUGAAAAGUACACUUUCUCAUGCAAAGAAAUGGAAAUUAUAAUAUGAGCUGCUGGUGUCUUUAAAGGAA